UAUGGGUUCUGCCUGAGAGUCCGUGUGUGCGGUGCGCGCUCGAGCUAAUGAACAGUUUUCGCUAAAGGAGACACACCUCGAGCCGAAGAAGUGUUCCGGAGACGCACUAAUGGUGCUCGAACCACUUUGUCAUUUUAAAUAAUAAACGAGCAGAGUUGGGAAAGUCGCGUCGGGUUCUACUUUGAGAUCCGUGUGAUCCUGGAAGGAGUGUCAUGGCAGAACCGGACUACCUGGAGGGAGACUGUGAUGAGCUCAUCCAACCCAAAAAGCUGAUUAAUCCAGUCAAGAGCUCCCGAAACCACCAGGACCUGCACAGAGAGCUUAUUAUGAACCAGAAGAGGGGCCUUGCUCCUCAGAACAAGCCAGAGCUCCAGAAAGUUCUAGAGAAGAGGAAGAGAGAACAAGUUAUCAAGGCCCAAAAGGAGGAGCAGGAGGCUCACAAGAAGAGAAGCGACCUGGAAAUAGAGCUCAUGAAAAGACAACAGAAACUAGAGCAGCUUGAACUGGAGCAACAGAAAAGUCAGGAGGAGCAGGAAAACACCCCUGAGUUUGUGAAGAUGAAGGGCAACCUGCGCCGCACCAAACAGGAAGCCGGCGGUGAAGAGCAAGCCACCUAAAAUCCAGCCGGGGUGUCUGGGUCUGGCUGACUGAGAAGCCAAGGAGUGUGUGUUGUGUCUGUGGCAACACGAUGGUAACCUGACCAAGAUGAGCCUCUUGGCGUUCCCUUACCCAGCUGUUCCUUCCUGCAGCAAGGAGAGAUACUUUAGAGACUAAAGACCCCCAACCCCUUCUUUCUCCCUGCAAUGGACCGCCAGCACUCGCUCCUGUCCAGCAGUACGCAGCAUCCCCACUCACAGGAGGCACCUAACACAGACAUGUUACACGCUUUUCAACACGGGCCAGCAAGCUUCCAAUGAGCUCUAGUGGAGGAAAUGAACCAAACCCAAUCUGUCUUUGCUCUUUUUCUCCUCUGCGAGCUGUCGUUUCUAUUUCCUGUUAUCAGUGUUGUCAUUAUUGUUUUUGUUGCUCAUAUUCACAAUCAUAGAAAAAUCAAAAAGUGGACACUGGAUGGACUCUUAAAGCUGUGUAAAAUAAAAGCCAAACAAAUGUG